AGAACAAGAUAAUAAAAAAUAAUAGACGAAUACUAAAGAGAUAAAAGAAAAAAAAAAGAAAAAAAAUCGAGCGAUAGUUAAGUUCGCGUAUACACUCGUUUCCGACAAUCAGCUGACUUCCGGUACUAAUACAAGACGUUAGAAUGUUAGCAAGGUGUUUCGCCUAGUUAUGGCCGGAAGAAAGUGACGUAAAUCUCCGCCUAACCACGCAGCUGAGACAUAUUUUUUUCCAAAGCUUUGCAAUUUCGAAAUAAACAUCAUUGAGUUUCUAUCGUCAUCGUUACUCGAUGUUUAGCGGGUAAUUUUGUAUCGCGUCACAUGGAUGCUGUGUAAUGCAAUUGCCGCUGGUCUCAUCGUCGAGAGUAAUAUGAAUUCAGAGGAGAACGAUGGAAAUAAUCAGGGUAAAGUGGAGGUCAAAAUGGAUGGAAUUGGUUUAAAGAAUGAUAAUCAAUCCAUGGAUCAAGGCGCUGUGACGUCCAAAGUACAGCUAGAAAAUGGAGCUGCUGUAGAAGAGUUGAAGUUGAAUAACAACAGCAAUGACAUCAAGCUUGUGUUACCAUCUGUCAAGACUUCCGUAUUUUCCAAUGGAACAAAAACCAUACAAGCUCCUAUAUCUGAUUGUGCCAACUCCUUGGAACAGAAUGUUUCUCAAGAUAUGUCAAAUGUGAACAUAUCUUCCACGUUUACGAGCACCGCUAAUAUCAAGCCUCAGGCUGCAAACACCAAUGCUAUCAAUUGUCAAUUGAAGCUUAAGACUGUCACGAAUGCCAGCACAUUGAAUCUGCCUAAGUCUCAAAUGCACUUAAAUUUAUCUUCCACUCACGUGAAUAUGCAUCUCAAUCAUAAUUCAUCGGCUGUUCUUAAUUCUACUACAACUACCAGUGCUAUGUUACAUUCAAGUGUAUCUAUAUUAAAUGCACCAUUAAUGCCUCCUAAUUUAUCAACAAGUAAACCAAAUGAUGACAUAGACAUGAAAAACAAUGUGGAUUAUGCAUCUGCCAUAGAGAAAUGUCCUUCUAAAGUUUCUUGUAGUUCAGAUUCUAGUCCAGAGGCUGACUCUUCUUGGACAUCAAAGUCCUAUGGAUCCAAACGUGUACUGAAUAAUAUAGGUGGUAGUAUAGGUUCAACGAGUCAAGGAACUUGUUGUUUUUUAAGACCUAAUAUCAAUGGCAGCAGAGAAGUUGCUGGACCUAGUGGAAUACAGAGAGCUUCACAGAGAGAACAAGUGGAACGAAUGGAUUCUAGUUCUGGAAACGAAGGGGAUAUGUCUGAUGGAGAAGACUAUUGUAUCUAUACCUAUAAGGGAAACGAUGAUAUAAUCCAUUUAGAUCAACAGGAAGAAUUACACCAGGGUCAUGCAGAAAACCAUGAAGCAGAAGGACAAAAUCAUAGUGGUAGAUCGAGUCCAGAAAUGGAUUUUCUGGAAAUGGAUUUUGAUCCUGGGCCUUCUUGUGAACAGGAUACUGGAGAUAGCGAUUUGGCCUCUAUAAAUGAAGACAUACAGAACAUAGCAUUAGAUAAUAUAGAAUCAGAUCCUGUAUUAAAUGAUCUAAGUAGUGGAAAAGUUGUAUCUAGACAAGGAUUGUUGGCUAUACCACAAACUUCAAAACAAAAUACACAGAAUGUUAAUCAUACAAAUUUCCAGCAAUGUGCAAAUAAUCAAUCAUCAAUAGAACAGAGCACGACGAAGCCAACUUAUUCUGCUCCAUGGAUGCCUAGUACUAGUACUGGAACUGGAACUGGAAGAUGGGAUAGUGCGGCACUUUAUCGUAACACGGGUUGUCCGUUACGCGAAUCUUAUGGUUAUCACAACACGAGUGGUGACCUUAUUUCACCUGGCGAUAAUAGAGAUUCUGAUUCUGAAUUAUGGGUUGAGCCUUCGUCAACGUCUGUCCCGGACAAUUCUACUUUGAACGCCAGAAAAGUUAAUCUUAGUUCAACACUUUACCAUAGAAUGAUGGCUAAAAAACUAAUGCUCAAUAAGCAAGCAGCAUUUAAUCAAAGUGGUGAUUCUAAUCUGGAAAAUGAACUGUGUAAUGAACGUUUGGAUGGAUUACCACCAGUAGAAAAGGUAAUGUUGUGGAGUGAGCAAGAAGCUACAAUGAAACAAGUAACACAAAUUGGUACCUCUGCCUGUGGUGCUACAUCUGCAAUUAAUGCUUUGCUGGCCUUAAAUGUAUCAUUUUCCUUGGAAGUAUUAGUAAAAGGUGUAAAUACGAGAUUGAGAGAACUGGGUAUGCCGCUACCGAGGUACCUUGUCAGUCGAUCAUUAGCAGGGGCAACUCAUAAAGAUAUAGCACGAGGAAUAUCGCUCUCCACAAAUGGCGCAGCUAUAACAAAGUUUUUUGCAUUUUAUCCAGAGAGAAAGGUGUCAUUAUCUCAUUGGUUACAUUAUUGGAUUUCUAGAGGUGCUGCACCAAUUGCAACAUUGAACUUACAACAUUGUGGAGAAGGUUGUGACAUACCAGAUGCAUGGCAUCAUCAAAUGAUAUUUGGCGUAGGACAGGCUGGCAUAUAUUUAACAAAUCCUCUGGAAUGUUUACCUGAACAGCUCGUAUGGCAUCAAUUAGUUAGUCCCAGUAUUCUGUUAAUACGAAAAACAGAUGUUUUAGCACAUUGGAACGCAAAUACAGAUCUAACAUCACUUGCAACAAUGGACCAGAAGUGGCGAAAACUUAAUGUUCUUGGGCAAGUUGUAAAUAUGGUGCGUGAAUCAAUGAGCCGAAGACAACAACCUAAUAAUACGACUACUGGAAUGACUCACAUUCGCAUUCCAGCAUCUUAUCAAGCAGGCAUUACGUUGGUUAUGUGUGCAGAUUCCGCUGCAGCCACCGAAUUAUUACAUGCAGAACAACUACCACUACUCUAGUCCUAUUGAUCAAAAUUAAUAAAACGCGGACUGGCCCAUUUGAUUUAUAAUACAUUUUAUUAGCAGGCUAGUCCACAUAAAAUGCCCUUAUUCAUAGUUCAUUUAUGUACUAUAUAAAAACCAACAGGAUAGAAAUAAUUUACAUUUUUGACACCGAACGCGUUUGUAUACAAAGAGAAUAUUAUUGAUUAAAAUAUAUUUCA